CUUAUCCUUAUAACCCCUCUCUUCAAUUUACCUCCAUAUAUAUAUAUAUAUAAUAGGAUUGGUUAAAGCUUUUAGAAGUGCAUUAUUAGAUUAUAGACAAAGAGAGAGAAAUGGAGAAUUAUUUGAUUCCUGGGUUUAGGUUUUACCCAACUGAAGAAGAGUUGAUUUCUUUCUAUUUGCAAAACAAGCUUGAAGAUGGAAGAGAUGAUUUGAAACAAGUGAUGGAUCAAAUCAUACCUAUUUUGGAUAUUUAUGACUUCAAUCCUUGGGAUCUUCCACAGUAUGCUGGGGAGGUGUGUAAAAGAGAUGAAGAACAAUGGUUCUACUUCAUACCGAGGCAAGAGAGUGAAGCAAGAGGAGGAAGGCCAAAGAGAUUAACAACCACUGGAUAUUGGAAAGCAACUGGUUCUCCAAGCCAUGUUUAUUCUUCAAACAACCAUAAAAGCAUUGGAGUUAAAAGAACUAUGGUUUUCUAUAAUGGAAGAGCUCCCACUGGAACCAAAACUGAAUGGAAGAUGAAUGAAUAUAAAGCCAUGGAUCAUCUCAAUCCAGGAGGAAACGUUUCUCCUUCUAAGUCCUCGACCACUCCUAUACUUCGAUUGAGACAAGAGUUCAGUUUGUGUAGAAUCUACAAGAAAUCCAAAACGUUACGGUCAUUUGACCGACGACCACAGCCACGUGAACCGGGGAUGACUCGGUUUGCAGCGAGCACACAAGCAGCAACGACUGAGCCACUGAGCUUUACUAAUGAGCCUAACCCGACCUUAAACGCUCCGUUAACAGCAACAAUAAGCUCACCGGACAUCUCUUCUUCAGGCGACCGAGUAGGCGAUUCCUCCCGAGCAACUGCAGACACCAGUAAUGAGCUGAACCUUGAACCCAUGGAGGCUGCUUAUGAGCCGAUGUGGGAUUGGGAGCAGUUGAAUUGGUUCUGAAAUGAAAAAAAAAAAAAAAAAGACCAUUCGGAAAUGAUAGAGUAGGGUAUGUUUAAGCAUAUAAAAACAACAUAAAGUAACUAGCUACUGCGUAGCAAAUAUAUUUCCAAUUUUUAUUUGUAGUUUCUAUCUUAUACACAAACCUAAUAUGUGUGUGUAUAUAUAUAAAAAUAAUUCGAAUAAAGAUAGAGAUAUGUCAAAACGAGUAUAGCUCAACUGACAUAAAACUUGUACUACCAACCUCAAGGUCAGAUUUGAUUCUUCCACCUUACAUCUUGUUAAAAAAAAAAUUCUUGA